AUGGCCGGCAAGACAGCAUAUGUGACAGGCGGUGCAUCAGGCAUCGGCCAAGCAGUGUCCGAGAUGCUCGCAAGCAAAGGCAUCAAAGUCUGUGUAGGCGACAUGAACCUCGAAGGUGCCCAGAAGACCGCCUCCCAGCUCGGCAACGGCGCCAUGGCCGUCCAAGUCAACGCUGCAGACUGGGACUCCCAGCUCGCCGCUUUCGAGAAAGCUGUGGAUGCGUUCGGAAGGCUCGACUACGUUUUCCCCAUUGCAGGGAUUGGCGAACGUGCGGCGAUCAAGAACGAUCCCAAGGCGACAAGGUUCCAGAAGCCAGACCUGGCCGUUGUUGAUGUUGAUUUGACUGGAGUGCUGUAUACCUCUUUCCUAGCUGUGCAGCAAAUGAGGCGGCAGGAGAAGGAUAAGGAUGGGUUUAGGGGGAAGAUCGCGGUGACCGCUUCUGUCUGUGGGUUCUAUUGUGUACCAACCGUGCCUGUGUACACAGCAGCCAAGCACGGCGUCGUCGGUUUCGUCCGAAGCUACGGCAAAUACCUGCCAGAAGAAGGAAUGACCCUCAACGCCGUCUGUCCUAACGUAGUCCGGACUUCAAUCUCAACUCCGGCCUUCUACGACAAGGUCGACGAGCAAGGCGUGCUCACAUCGAUCAAGGACGUUGUCGAUGCCUUCGCCAGCUUCCUCGAUACCGAUACGUCAGGCGAGUGCAUGGAAGUGGGUCCAAAUGGUGGCUUUACUCCGAAAGCGCAGGCACCGCAUCUGGACAAGGAGACGACCAGUAUCCUGAACAUGAUUGAGCAGAGGUCGCAUCGAUUGCACGAGCCGGAGCCAGACGCGGGUGUGUAG